CUCCUUUGCUUCACUUCUACGCACUAGCUCAAUCAAACAAAAUUCGAGUCUUUUUAUUAAUCUGUCAUGGAAAAGAUUGAGCAUAAGUAUGUGGAGGUAGGAGGACUAAAGCUUCAUGUAGCUGAAAUUGGAAGUGGUCCAAAGGUGGUGGUUUUCUUGCAUGGAUUUCCAGAAAUAUGGUACUCAUGGAGGCACCAAAUGAUUGCCAUGGCCAACAAUGGCUAUCGGGCAAUUGCCUAUGAUUGCAGGGGAUAUGGACUUUCUGAGCUGCCAGCUGAGCCUGAAAAGGCAACUUUCAAGGACCUCGUUGACGAGGUUGUUGGAGUUUUGGAUGCUUUGGCAAUUGACAAGGCUUUCCUUGUUGCAAAGGAUUUUGGAUCUAUAACUGAAUACCUUGUAGCAGCUGUCUAUCCCGAGCGGGUAGCUGGUGUUAUAUCACUAGGCAUCCCUUUCAUGCUUCCAGGUCCCACUGUUGUCCAAAAUCAUCUUCUUCCUGAAGGAUUCUACAUAUCAAGGUGGCAGGAGCCAGGGAGGGCGGAAGCAGAUUUUGGCCGCUUUGAUGUCAAGUCGGUGGUAAGGAACAUCUACAUUCUCUUCUCCAGAAGUGAGGUUCCAAUAGCUGCUAAGGAUCAAGAAAUCAUGGAUUUGUUUGAUCCAGCUAUUCCUCUACCGCCAGGGUUCUCAGAGGAAGAUCUUUCAGUCUAUGCAUCUCUGUAUGAGAAGUCUGGAUUCCGUUUUCCUUUGAGAGUUCCAUAUAGGAGUUUAACAGUGGAUUGUGGUUAUACUGAUCCAAAAGUCUCAGCUCCAACACUGCUUAUCCAGGGUGAGAAAGACUACCUCUUAAAUUUUCCCGGGACUGAGGACUACAUACGAUCUGGGGUAAUGAAACAUGUUGUGCCUGAUUUGGACAUUACCUUCAUUGCAGAAGGGGGUCACUUUGUGCAAGAACAACUUCCAGAGAAAAUUAAUGAGCUAAUCCUCACUUUCCUCAGCAAACAUGGUAUCUGAUUCAACGUUGCUCUAUGUGCCUGAGGACCAAUUUAAUGUUGUGUCUGGGGUAUGCUAAAAAUGCAGGGCCUCACAUUGCAUAUUUGGGAAUAA